ACUGGUUUGAAAUUGUGGAAGAGAAGAUGGUUCGUCCUCUCCAACUACUGUUUGUUCUACUACAAAGACAGCAGGGAAGAAUCGGUGCUGGGCAGCAUUCCGUUGCCAAGCUACAAAAUCUUAUUCUGCGCGCCGCGAGAAUGCAAGAACAGAAAGUUCACCUUCAAGGUGGUGCACCAGGGGAUGCGCUCUUAUUAUUUCAGCGCCGACACUCAGGAGGACAUGCUGGGUUGGGUCCGAGCGCUCAGUCAGUCCGCUACCAUGGAGACGGACGCUUCCAUGCACAGGCGCUGCUCGAGCUACCAAGAUUUCACUCAGCUAGGCGGCAGCAGCGAAUCUGUGGUCCUCCCAAAGUCCCCCUCGGAGGAGGAGACGUAUCCAAAACCGGGACGGGUCAGCAGGGCUCUAAGCGAACCGAGCCAUCUGAGCGGAGGAAGAAUCGUGACGCCAAACACGGAGCGGAGAGGAAGACGGAGCGCUCAGAGGAGCACGAGCCCUUCAGCUCGGACGCCGAGUCCUUGGGGUCCGAACCGGGAUCGGGAUUCCCUCCAAUUCAUCGCAUCGCAGACGCACGCGGAAAUCAUCGCGACGGGUGCCCUGACCUCCAGAAGUCAGCUGGGGUCGCGCCCUCACACGCCCGUGGGCAGGGUUGACAUCCGACCCCGGGAUGACUCGGUCUCCAUGCCCGACACGUUCUACUACGGGCCCGCCUCGCCCACGACGGAGUUCAAAUCCGCUCCCGCCACUCCGGUUACGGAGAGGUGGCAGAAGCCUUCACCCAUAUAUGGAUCUGUGCAUCGUGCCCCCACUGGACGAAGACCUUUAGCGAAGAGCUUCUCCGCCGAAGUCCACGCAGACCUGCUGCCCCCUUUGCCGCCCUCAUCCCGGGGUGCAAACGCGCACCACCCCCCUCACCGGCAACACCAUCACCGCAGCCACUUACCCCCUCCGAAGGCCGAAGCACCACCGAUCAGACCUCUGGAACAUGACGCAGACGCUGCGUUGACAAGGUUGUGUGGGUGCGACAAGCUCCUACAGUCUUUGUCCGUCGAACUAUCGCAACUACAAAUGGACAAGGAGAGUGUUCAGUGUGCAUUGGAGGUGUUGAGGCUGCAGCUGGAGGACUUGAGCAACCAAGGACCCCGCCGGGUUCACGACGAGGCCCUGACCCAGAAGAUUUUGCUGCAGGAGGAACUGGUCGCAAUCCGGGCCAGAAUGUGUGACCUGUCAUUGGAAAUGGAGGUUGUGUGGGGUCAGUACGAGAGAAUGGAAAGUGAACUUUGUGUUUUUCGCUCACACCUGCAGCACAUCUGCAACUUUGGGAUGCCGCAGGUAUGUUUUGACUCCAAACUGUGCGGUGAUGCCUCCAGACGCAAGUGA